AUGCCUUAUGAUACGAAUAACGAAUUUGCUAACCUCACACGUAAGUUGAAUGAUGAUGAAAUCGAUUGCCCUGACAAAAUUGGAUACUUUAAAUUGCGUGCUGGCGAUAAAGGAUAUCUGACCGUUUUACCAGAAUAUAAAAGUAGUAAAAUAUUGAAGACCAUGUUUGUUGGAGAUCGUCGUAUAGGCAAAAAUGAAUUUAUAAUUCAGUCUACAGAUCUUUCUGAAGCUAAAAAGAAAGACAAAAAUAUGUGUAAUGACUGUGAAAAUAAAUCUGCAGUAGAUUGCUUAGCUUGGAAAUGUCAUAAGAAAACGUAUUUUCUUGCUGGUAAAAAGGCACCUGCACCGAAAGGAAAAUGCUUUCAAAUAAAAGAUCGAAAUUAUGUCAAUUUGGUAUUUGUGGACAAAGAUGUAUAUGAUAAAACUACGGAAAAAGAGGAAUACUUUGCAUUGUAUAAGAUAGACUUGAAUUCGAAUAUCUAUAUAUUUCGUCAUGAACCAUUCUACCUGAAAGAGGGAGUCAAAAACAAGUUCCUUUAUACCAUGCAAUGCAAGCAAAAGAUUUCAAAAUCGAAUAGCGAUGACGACGAUUGUAGUCUUACACGCGUACAUACUUAUCACACUAUUGAAGAUGCCGAUUGUGGAUCUAACCAGUAUUUUCCCAGUGAUACUCAUUUUGAAAGGAUUUGUGUAAGUGAUGAAAAGCAAAGCAAGGAUUGUAGUUGUCUAGCUUCAAAAAAUGAUAAAACAACGGAUAUACUUGAUUCUCAGACAAAUGGCUCACUAGAAGAAGAAAGCAAUACAUUUAAAGAGGGCCUGUAUGAUUGA